CGUGUUAAGAUGUCAUCACAAGGUUGAGUGACACAAAGGAAUGUUCACUAAAUAAUAAACCACAUUAUUGUUCUUCCUGACAGUUUAAGGAAAUUAAACACUGAGAGGUGAAAGUCAUGUGAAAUCUGAUUUCCAACCAACAGCGUGGACACACACACACACACACACACACACACACACACACACACACACACACACACACACACACACACACACACACACACACACACACACUUAUUACUUGGAAGUGUGGUGUAAGGUCCAGGACCACCCUUUUUAUUCGAUAUAAAUAAGAGAGCAUGAAGCUUCUGUCUCAUCCACAAGACGUCUUUUAAAGAAGACAUUUCUUGCCACCUGCUUCAUCAGUUCCUUGCUCAAGAAGAACAGCAUGUCAUACCUGGCACCUGUUGUUGAAGUUGGUGGUCAGGGAGGAGGUCCCUUCGAUUUUAAUGGCACUAAAGACGGAAGCAUGCUGAAAACGAUUCAGGUUUGGGAAGGUGACUACAAGAUAAAAGCCAUGAAGGUGUGGCUUACUGAUGGCCAGUCCAAGCAGUUUGGUGUUCCUGCUGGGAUUCUGAAAGAGUUUACAUUUGAAGAUGGAGAGCAUUUCACCUCCCUUUCACUUUGGCCAAAUCAAGAUGUUACACGUCUGGGUGCAAUCAAAUUCAAGACAAGUCACUCACGAGAGUUCUAUGCAAGCUUGACAAAUGGUCCUGUAAAUAUACAAAUUCCAGUUGAUGUUGCUUCUGGGAUCUGCAUCGGAAUCAAAGGACGUUCAGGGUCUGAUAUUGAUCGCUUUAGCUUCAUGUUCAUCAACCCUGUCCAGUCUGUUGAGCUUACCAAUGUUGUCUAUCCCACCAUUUCUGAUGUAAUACCCCAAGUGACUGUUGAAGAAAUCAAAUCCAUGUUGUACCAGAACAACACUUCUGAAACUCAAGAAUAUCCAAUUGAGGCCUCCACAAAAGUCACCCAAAAAUCCUCCUGGUCUGUUACGGGAAAACUGGAAAUCACAUUCAGGCUGGAAGUAAAUGCAAGAAUUCCACAGCUUGUGGAGGGGAAAUCAGGCUAUCAAUUAAAUAAUGCAGUUGAGGGUACAUAUCCUUCAAAGUACAGGGCAGAGAAAAUGGAGUUCUUCUUAUUUCCUGUUAAAGUUCCUGCAUUUUUAACCGUGGAUGUGGACAUCACACUUGGCCGGGCUACAGUUGAUCUCCCAUUCACUGGCAUCAUGAAGAUUACCUGCUAUAAUGGCGGUGUGCUGGAGUAUAAAACCAGUGGAACCUACAAGGGUGUCGCUUACUCUGAUGGAAAAGUGGCUGUGAAUCAAUCAUGCAUACUUGGUGCAGCCUAAAAAGCUUUGAAUUCAAUUCUAUAAAUAUGUAACUACAAAAUGUGUACUCAUAUUUGAUAAUGUUUAAUAAUCAAUGUUACAGAUGUAUGGAACAUAUUUAGUGCAUUAUGUAUCACUGUACUCAGUAUCUCACUAAAGUUCUUGCUGACUGGAGCUGUGUGUGUGGAACACUGGAGUCCAGCUGUGACUUAUAUGAUCUUGCAUUUUAUGUUUAUCCUGCAUUUAGUGGAAUGGGUGAUUUUUUUUUUUAGUUGAUUUUUUCAAAAUCUGAAAACCAAAGAAAACAGUGAUUUGUUUUAUUCUGCUGGUCUGGUCACCAUUCUGCAAAUGGUGCAAAGCCACAUUUUUUUGAUUAAUAAAAUAAAUCUUUACAAAACGUUUUGAGUGAUAAAUAAAGCAUCUCAAUUCAUGUUUUUUUUUAUAUUUAGUUUGACUUUAGCUUUGUGUAAUAACUGGACUUGAUUCUUUUCUUUUUACAUUUACAGAAGAUUAUAAUGUUAUGAUUCCCAUCAAUAAAAC